UUUCUCACUGAGGAUCUGCAUGAUAAUGCUCUCACAUCAUCCACCAGGUUUCAGUAUUUAUACCAGAUCUACACUCACUAUGAGCAACUUCUUCUAAUUUGCUACCAGGUUUUUAUUUAUGCAAGUUUGCAGUUCAAGGACUUCUUUCAUGUUUUACUGCUUCAUGUAUUUUUACCUCUUUUUCAAUGUUUGUUUUCCUUAUAUGAGAAGCAGCAAUAUACCUGCUCCAAUAUAAAUCAUAUGUGUUUUUGAUAUAUUUUUUUUACCAAGUGCAUUCAGUAAACUUACCUAAAACGGGGGAUGGGUGGACCUUAUUUGGUCUUUUUGGGAUUGUAGCUGUAUAUUUUGUGGAAGCGGAUAUGGGCGAGUUUUUUGCUCCACAGAUGCGUCUUUCAGAGGUGAGAGCGCCGGAGCCGUGCUGCCUCGGAUAAAGCGCGGACUCUGAAGGUUUUUCUGUUUGGAGGACUUGCGACAUGGGCUGAGCUCCUGCAAUGACUCUGCGUUGGUCUCCUGAAAGCGGCUCAAAUAUGCUUGGAUGGACGGCUGGAAGCGGAGACUGAUGAAGCUUUAAUUUCUCCUUCACAGAAAGCCUUUUUAGUACCGGUACCAGGACAACUGAAGAUUAAUUCUGCUGAAGAAGUUUAUACAGAUGAAUCAGACUAUUAUUUUUUUUUAGGGCUAUUUAAAAGUGUAGAUAAAUAAAAAAAACAAGAAGUAAGAAAAGUACUUUUAUUUCUAAUAUAUGUUUAAAAAAGCUUUAAGUUAAUGAGACCAGCAUUUUUUCCAUUGAAUGUUUAUUUUAUGUGGAAUUAAUCCUAAGCUAAAUCAGUUGGACUUUUGCGCAUUUUGGAUAGCUUAGGCGCGCGUUCCUGUGCGCUCGCUCCGGAGACGUCGCUUCGCCACCACCGAUCCAGGAGUAUCCUAUCCCUUCUGUCUUCGCCUCCUCAUCGAGGCAAACAUGUGGCUCUCCUUACUCGUCUUCCUGCUGCUGCACAGGCUCUCCGUGGGCAUCAACACGUGUCAGUCCAUCGACCUGGACGCGCAGAAGUCGCGGCGCAUCGAGGCGGUGCGCGGACAGAUCCUCAGCAAGCUGCGCAUCCGCAGCCCUCCGGAGGACGACGACGACGACACGCCGUCGGGCUCCGUGCCGCCAGAGGUCAUGCUGCUCUACAACAGCACGCGGGAGCUGGUGAAGGAGCGAGCGCGGCUGGCUGAGUCCGCGUGCGAACGCGAGAGCAGCGAGGAGGACUAUUACGCUAAAGAGGUGCAGAGGAUUGACAUGCGCCCUCCCCGCACCCACUCCAAUGCUGUGCAGCCAGCAGCAGCAAACCCCCACUACCGAGUGGUCUACUUUGAUGUCAGGGACGUGGACCUGAUCAACAGCACCCUGGUUAAGGCUGAGUUCAGGAUCUUCAGAGCUCCUAACCCACAGGCUCGGGCCUCGGAGCAAAGAGUGGAGCUUUACCAGUUACUAAAACCAGAGGAAGGCAGCACCUCCACUCAGCGCUAUAUCGAUUCUCGGACCGUCCAGCUGCGAGCUAAAGGAGCCUGGCUCUCAAUGGAUGUCACAGAAACUAUUAAAGACUGGGUGUCAGAUCCAGAAAAAAAUCUUGGCCUUAAGCUCGGCAUACACUGUCCAUGCUGCACCUUUGUCCCAUCCACGAACAACAUCGUCCCCAACAAGAGCGAGGAGCUGGAGGCGCUGUUUGCUGGUGUUGAUGACGACCAGCUUCGUAAGCUGAGGAAGCCAGGCCAAGUCAAAGGCCAGGCAGAUUUCAGCACCAAGACCCCACACCUCAUCCUCACCCUGCUGCCCAGUGACAGAGUUGACAACCCUUCAAGGAAGAACCGUAAGCGGAGGGCGGCGGCCACAGAAACCACCACCUGCUCCCGGGGGUCGGAUCAGGGUUGCUGCCUGCGCUCGCUCUACAUUGACUUCAGACGGGACCUUAACUGGAAGUGGAUCCACGAGCCAAGAGGUUAUAAAGCCAAUUUCUGUGCCGGUACCUGUCCUUACCUCUGGAGCGCCAACAACCACUACAACAUGAUCCUACCCCUCUACAACAAGCUGAACCCCGAGGCCUCCGCCUCCCCCUGCUGCGUCCCUCAGGACCUGGAGCCCCUCACCAUCAUGUACUUCAUUGGACGCACGCCUCGAGUCGAGCAGCUCUCCAACAUGGUGGUUAAAUCCUGCAAGUGUCGCUGAUGAGAGCAGAAAGGAGAACUCUGCAAACCGUCGUCUGAGAUGGAUCCUCUGUUUGAUCCCUUCCUGGCAGACUGAAUCAGACGUCAGGAUUUUUGCUGCCUUAUUCUCUGGAACUUUCCGUUUAAUGUCGGACCCUGUAAAUAUAACUCCAUAGGUUUGUUAAACAUGUGCCUGUAUAUUGAAAUUUAGGAAAAAAAUCUUAGUUUUUUCCAUUAGGAUCCUGUCUCAGUGGCUUGUGCUGUGGGGGCCGCACCCAGACGUGUUUGUUUUACACUUAAAGGUGUUAAUUUGAAGGCAGCUGCGAUUUGAGGCCUUGCAGACUCUUGUAGAGAUGGGAAACUGAAGGAGAAGCAGGAGCCGUGUCCAGGCGGAGGCAUUGCUCUCUGCGGUCCCCAGGCUGAAAUCUGCCCCGCCGUAAACAGGAUGUGAAAGGUUUCCAGACACCGACCCGACCACUCACGGAACGCCAGAUUUAAACGCUCCCCUCAUCUCCUCUCUCCCACUUUCUCUGUGCCGCUCGAGGUUCUGGGAUUUGUGGUGGGAGGAGAGAGGCAGAAAAGAGAGCCUUUGAAAAUGAGAUGUGGGACGAUAGGGCUGCAUUUGGAACGGCUACACGUUUGGAAGGCGGUAAUUUGCAGCCGUGGCAAAUUUGUAACUAUUCAGGCCUGGCGCAUGCGUCCCAUAAUCACUCCGCUUUUCUCAUCAUGCGUUCAUUAUUGUAUUAUAGAAGGAUGCUCCCCCUGUUCUCCUCAUCAUAUCCUGCUCCACUCUUUACCAGCAACCUCAGCAAUUCACUCAUCCUCUUUACAUCCAACAUCCACCUUUAAUACAAUGUCUAAACGAUCGAAAAAAAAAAAAAAAAAAAACAGCUCCGGGUCUCAUUUUAAAUAUAGGCUCUCUGGUAUGCCAGUGGUUUAUGUGUAACAAGGAGACCGGGUGUGUGUGUGUGUGGCCAAGUAUUUGUUACCUUGUGGGGACAGUGUAAGGCUAUUUUCCCAGGAAUAUGCUACUUUGUGAGGACUUAGUUGAAUAGUCUUAAGAGGAAAGGUUCUCUUUUUGGGUCAGAGCUUAGGUUUAGAUUGAAAGUGUGACCUGAGUUAGGGAAGUUAAGGAAGUGUAAUAAAAAAAAAAGUUUUAUUGAGGUUUAUUGUGAUUGUUUGUGGAUCACAUCUGCAUCAGAUUGUCCCACAGCAGGAUAUGUUUCUGUCCUGGCUGACAAUGAAAGGACAGGAAGGAGUCCACUCAUCACAAACAACAACAGCCAGUUAUAGAAGUAUUAAGUUAUCCAGUGGUUUUCUGCAAGUCCUUCCACAGCCACAGGAAAUACUGGUUUUCAGUUGGAUGGCUGUGAAAUUGUGUAAGCGGAUGCAUCCAACAUGAUCCUGGUCAACAAUUUGUGUAACAGUGUUCCAAAACGCGAGUGCAGAGAAUAUUAAAGGACUGAUCCACACAAACAGAAAUCCAACAAAGCUCCAGACAGAUGUUAAUGUAUACUCUCCCCAUUAUAUUGGUAUGUUUCAUGUGAACUUCCUGGAGAAGACCUAGCUUUUAAAGAUUCUGUCUCAUCAUUUUAACAAAUAUUUAUUUAGUUAAUUUCAAUCAUUUUUAAGUCUUUUUGUUCAGUGCAAAUUAGUUUCGUUCAGCUUUUCUCAGAUCAUUUGUUUUAGUUUACUUCAACUCCAUUAACUUUUUAGGUGAGAUUGUGUAGCGGUUGGUUUUCUGGACCAGAUCAAGGCCAUGAAGGUGAUGUCUCUUACUUUUCUCCACAAAUCCAUAUCCAUAGUUGAAGUCAGUUUCAGUUUGAGUCAGUUCAGUCUUUGAAUAACUUUAUUUGUCCCCAAGUGGUAUUAAAAAAUGGUUUAAAAGUCAGCUUAACAAAUAUGACACACAUAAAAUUUAUCACACAGUGAAACAGCCUCUGUUCAUGAAAACAAUAAAAACAGGAAUACAUAUGUUGUGUGAUUUCUUCGUUUGUGUGGGUGUCCCUUGAUUUGAGGUAGACUUCUCUUGUCAAUCCACCAGUGUUACGGUGAAACAGUCCCACAGCCUGAUGCUGCCACCACCAUGUUUUCAAUUCAUCUGUAUGUAUUGCACAUAUACAGUGACUUAACAAUAAAACAUCUUUAAUCUUAGUCU